AUGCUGUCCAUACUACGAAAGGCAAGGUUGAAGGACAAGGAGAUGAGAAUUCUGAUGCUGGGGCUGGAUAAUGCAGGCAAAACCACCAUUGUGAAGCAGAUUAUGCACGAGGAUGUGACCACGGUUAGUCCAACAUUGGGCUUUAUUAUCAAGACCAUUGACUUUCAGGGAUACAAAUUAAAUAUAUGGGAUGUCGGCGGACAAAAAACACUCCGCUCAUACUGGCGGAAUUAUUUUGAAAAGACUGAUGCCUUGAUCUGGGUCGUAGAUGCGACCGAUCGUCUUCGCAUCGACGACUGUCGCGACGAGCUGGCUGGGCUGCUCCUGGAAGAGGCGAGUUUUCCUCCCGCCGCCACCACCAUCGAGAGAAAGUGA